GUUUCGACAAGAACCUGGUCGAUUUCAGAGUCAAUUCCUGAGUUUACUGUUCCAGAUAUUCCAAGGCUCCAUCCAUUUCUUCUGCAGCAUCACGUUGCACGCACUUGCACGCAGGAUUCACGUCCACCACUUUGUCAUCACAUUGACAACCCGAGGGCCAGCCUUUCAGGUCGACUCCUCUUUAGACCUAGCAGAUCUUUUGGGAUUUUUUGGGGAUCCCUCUCCAGAUUCAACAUUCUUGAGCAUGCUUUCUGGGGGAGCCCUUCAAGUUGGCCCGCGCUUCUUGCAAACUCGGACACUUCCUCUCUUGAAUGUUUUGGAAACACCUGGAAACACCCACCUCGCAAGAUAUUCUUCAUUCAGAAGCAAGCAGUCUCCGACGGUCUUUCUCACCAGGUCAAGACCGGGUUCCGCUCCGCUUCUCAAAAACUGCACAACAAGAGCCCCUGUAGCCGCAUUUACAGGCUUGGUCACUAAGUGCAAUCUCGCUUCUUCAGGAUUUUGGGGCAAUACUCUCUUUUCUAAUAAUCAACAAAGAGGUGGUCAAUCAAAAUGCUACUCUCUCAAUCUUAGCGCCCGUGCAGCAGUCCAGUCUAGAUUGCGCAGCCUGGGGGAUCACCGAUCACUGGCUUUCUUCCAAAGUGCAAGAAGCCUACUUUGCAGUGAGGGUCUGGUCCGGCCAGAGUUGCACAGAGUGCAAAAAGGUUACAGCAUUGUAGCAGAAACGUGGCCGCAGCAGAGACGGGCCAUGGCUUCUCCAAAUGAUGCAGCGCGGGCUUCCGUAGAAAGGAAGGGCUCCAAGGUGGCGGUUGCACAGAUGCGGUCCACAGGGGACAUUGAGGCCAACUUUGAAACGGUUGCAAGCCUUGUGAAGGACGCGGCCAGUGCCAGCUGCUCAAUGCUCUUCCUUCCUGAGAGCUUCUCCUUCAUUGGCACUCGAGGGUCGGAGGGCAUCGCGAUUGCGGAUCAGCUCGACGGCCCGCUCAUGGGGCGCUACCGCCAGCUGGCAAGGGACCACUCAAUCUGGCUGUCGCUGGGCGGCUUUCAGGAGACGAGCACGGAGCCCAACCGUCUGCACAACACGCACGUGAUCGUAAACGACUCAGGGGACAUCGCGGCCGUCUAUCGAAAGAUUCAUCUCUUCGACGUUGACGUCCCUAACGGGCCGAAACUGCUGGAAAGUGCUUCGACGGCACCAGGCUCGGAGCUGGUUGUAACGGACAGCCCUGCCGGCCGGCUGGGCGUUACCACGUGUUACGACCUGCGGUUUCCCCAGAUGUACCAGCAGCUGCGGUUCCGGCACGGGGCUGAGAUUCUGCUGGUCCCGUCCGCAUUUACCAAGACGACGGGUGAAGCGCACUGGGAGGUCCUGCUACGGGCGCGGGCCAUCGAGUGCCAAUGCUACGUGAUCGCUGCGGCCCAAGCGGGGCGGCACAACGAGAAGCGGGAGAGCUUCGGCGAUGCGCUUAUCAUCGACCCCUGGGGCCGGAUCGUCGCCCGCUUAGAAGACCCGCUGGCCGUUGGCAUCGCGACCGCGGAGAUUGACCUGGCGGCGUUGCAAUCGGUCAGAACGAGCAUGCCGGUUGCCCAGCACCGGCGGUAUGACAUCUAUGGGGACUCGGGCGCAAGUGAUGGUCGGGGGGUACGGUCGACUUUGUGACGCGAGUCCUCCUUGACGGUCCUCCAGAUCUACUUGCGUUUGCGCAACUUUGGAUAUUGCGGGAUCGGGCUGUGCUCUCAGGAUAGUUUACUAGGUCCACAAACCAGCUUGGCAGCUCGUUAUCAUUGAGGCCUAAGCGUUGAAAAUGCCCGACCACCAUUUGAUUGUUGACGGUUUGAACGACGCCCGUUACAAAAGCGAAUGGUGUAUCAUAUUCGAUUUUGAGAUCUGUAAUUCAUGCUAGGCCUGAAUGACCAAUCGUCAACGCAUGGGUGUUCUUUUGGAAGAACUAGAGCUUUGUGGGCAGGCCUCGAGUACGGAAGCCCCUCACUUAAAAUCAGAAUCUCAC